CGUUACAUUCGCCUAACAACAGCGUAAUAGAUAAACAUCGAAAUAGUCAAGGUAGCAACAGAAAUACAUCUAUAACUGUCGACCAGUUUUAGAGUAAUUUUACAGAUAUGAAAUCAUUCAUAAAGAGGAUAAAAAGAAACAGAUACUCCAGUGUGUAUAAGUACAAACCUGAUAAUACGUCAUCAUCAUCAACAUCACGCCAAAGUCCAAAUUUUGCCAAAGUUUUGUCCUCGACCAAUAAUUCUUCUGCUGUUGGUGCGAAUAUGGGAAAUCCAACUAAAUUCUUAUUACCGAUACUGAAGAAUCUAGAAACUGAAGACCAGCAUUGUCCAUCAUGUUGUCUUCAUUUUCGUCAUAAUUUACCAGGAAUACCAUUUUCAAACGGGAAAACACAAUCUGAAACCAAAUACCUGAAGCACGCGUGUACAUGUUCAAAUGAUAAUAAUCGUAAUAAUCAUUAUAGCGGUAUGACAUUUAUUUCGAAGGAACUUACCGAUACCUGCGCUAAAAGUAAUUGCGAACCAAGUGAUCUAAUUACAAAAGAUCUUAUGCAUACCUGUUAUGGUUUUGAUCAAAUCAAAGAUAAUAAUUGUAAUCACAGUGAUUGUGAUAGCUUAAGUAUUACAUCUUACUCAGAUAUGUCAGAAUUUGAAUACUCCGGUAAACAAGUCCCAUACGAUGAAUCGUUAAAUGUGGGGAGGAAUUCUAUGAACCCCUUGCAAAAUGGCUUUAUGAUUCCAAAUGAGCAUAAACCGACAAAUUGUGGAUUAGAAUAUCAUAUAUCUGAUACCGAUCAAGAGACAUCUCAAUUUAAAUCCAAAUCAAGUAUGAUGCGUCAUAUUUUCUUUCCGCACCUAUCCCAGUAUAACGACGAGAGACACUUCGACUUGGCUGAAAAACAGCAUUCUGGGAAAAGGGAUUUGGGGAAGCGAGGUGGACUGUUGAAGCCGAUAGAAAAAGCUAUGAAGGAGAGAACCAUGUUAAAACCAGUCACUAGGUCAAAUACAUAUUUUGGACAAGAACCAUGUAAACGGAAGAAAAACAACACGGCUAAUGCAAGGCAGAGACAAAGGAUUUAUCUCUGUGAAACGAGACGAGACAAAAGUGUUAUCAAAGAUCCGAACUCCAACAAAAACAUUGUGUUCACAUCGGAUGCAAUUUCUAUUGGUGACCACAUAGGAAUCUCACCUGAUUUCAAAGAGAAUUUGCCAAACCAAGUCAACUAUGAAUACGAGAGUCAAAACGUUUCACUCAAUGGUAAUCGAGUGUUCCAAUGUUACGCUUCUUCGGUUAACGAAGUUGAACAUUCAUUGAAAAGCAGAGAUGAUAGAAUUCUCUUCGGCAACAAAGAAAUCAACAGUUUUAUCAGCAAUAUGAACGCCACUUCAAAUGGUCUGGGAGCAGAUUGUUUAUCAAAUAUCUCAUUAUCUAAAAGAUUUAAAGUUAUACCCAAUGAGCAAAACUCACCUGAUCCCGUAACAGUAUAUUCAGCUCACCCAAAUACCAAUUGUAAAAAGAACACUAGCAAAUUCUCUUGUAUUUUUGACACGUUUUUAUGCUGCAAAAGAAAAAUUUAAGAUAAAGUUAUUAAAAUAAAAAUUUGUCGUUACAUUCAU